UGCACGUCUAUCGAUAAAACUCGUAACUGUCUUUAAUCUGUCGAAUUCUUCGAACCAUGAGUUUAGAAAAUAUACUGAAAAAAGUUGUUCAGGAGAUAAGCAGGGAGUUGGUGCACAGGAAUAUCCACAUCAAAGAAAUAUUCAUCAGAUAUUAUGCUGGCCUUCUCGCGCUGGACCCGUCGUGGGGCAUUUCUAAGAGUGUACUACAUAAUCGCCACAAAAUACAGAAAUUCGUGAAAUAUGUCACCAUGAAACUUGCGAAUCAGUUCGAUCCAGACAUUAUAACUAUGAAGAUGCAGCUUUAUUACAAUCUGAACUGCGAGGACCGAGAUGAAAUGAUAAAGAAACUGAGGUCCCAACUAACCGCCAAACUGGUGCCCCUCCAGAAGGACAUCCUAAGGGUGAAAAGUGUGGGAACGGCGGACACGAAGCUGAUGCGAAAAUUCUACAAGAAGCUGAUUUAUUACAUGGCCCUGCACUCCGGAAUGGGAAACCCGUCCCACGAUAACGUCUUCAAGGAAAUCCAGACAGCCCUUCGUAGUGUAAUGACAGAUCAAGAAAUCAGGGACUACAUCAACAGAUCGGCCUCUGACAAGAAAGAAAGACUGAACGAAUUUAGCGAGUUGGUCGCCGGUAUCAGACUGUUCAACAGGUUUUGCGGAAAAAGUGGCGAAGGAAUUGAAGAUGUUCCGAAAAUGCUGAGAAAGGCACUUGCAGCCAUGCAGCAGGAAUUGCAGAAAUUGCUGCUUACCAUAAUGCAGAAGGUUAACGUUCUAACGACAAUACUGGACAUCCACUACGUCCCUGUUAAAAUCAAAUCGAACUCUUAUGAGAUGCAUUUUGUCGAUAUGCCAGAAGGUGUUUCGAUGAACGAUGUGGAAAGAAUAAAGAAUCUUUUAAUAAUGUACCGACAGUAUGAGAUAUUCAUAAGACAGCUAAUGUCCAAAAUGACGAAAAUAGAAGACCGGGAAGAGGAAAUAUCGGAAAAACUGAAGAAAAUGUACGAAAGAAUCAACGAUAGCGUACAGUACAUGAUAGCAGUACCAGCCUAUCAAAUUUUCCCAAUGUUCAGAGAACUGGCAAGAGUAUGGUUCCGCAUGCAGGACGAAGCGCUGCUGCUAGGAAAAUAUAACGAUAUGCUUGUAAGUCUGGCGAUAUAUGCGAAACAGAUAGUAUACCCUGACUAUGAAAGGCAAGACUGGGUCAUCGAGCAGCUCCUAGGAGGGUAUCAGCCUGAAACGGACGCUGAGAGGAUGAGGGCGCAUUCAGGAACAGCCAUUGUCCCAUCCGAAGAUCCGGACUUCAAGGUGGUACGUCCGAACCAAUACGAGAAUUUCAAGAAAAUCGAUUUCGAGUUUUUAGGUUUUUGCCCUUGGAAAAUGGUGGAAACUGAUGGAGCCCUCAUUGCUGGAAACCCUAAAAUAGGUUUUGUUGAGGGUCACGGCAAACACUACAUUUUUUCACAGCCGAUGGCUAUGAACAUGUUCAACGCUGAUAGUAAAUUAUGCAUAAACAGGGCUCUAGAGUUAUUCAGAAAAAAGCCCGAGAUGAUUAAUUUCUUAGGGGUUCAAGAGGACCUGAUAGCAGUUAAAGAUAUAGAAGAACUCAUUCCCCCCGAGGAAGUUGAAUUGGAAACUUUUUCUGUAGAAUGUCAGACUUUAGACCACCCAAUACCAUCAAACAUCGACCUAAACUAUAAAUGGAACAUCUGGGAUCUCAAAAGAGAAGCGCUUCUGCUGGCCCAACUAUCGCACUGUAAAACGUCAUCAACUCAAACAGAAGAAUGUGCAGGACUAUGCCCCGCUACAGUUCAAACUUACGAUCUUAAAGAACAAGGAGUACAGACCAAGAGAGACCAUGGAACUAAUGUUCCUAAGCCUUUGCAGUAUCUGUUUGGAUUAAGAGGAAGGAGUGAUGAUAAGCAGAUGCAACUAGAACUCACAGAAACUAUAGAACACAGCUAAAUCAUAGUAUUUAUUCAAUAAUAAUAUUCACAUUUGUUAAACAAAAUUUCAACGCUCUGGCAUGGAUAAUAUUCACAAUACAUAUAUUCUUAUUUUUAA